UUACAGUUAGGUUACUGUCUUUAUUCUGUACAGUAUGCCUGUGUUUGGGUUUAAAGUUACACGAAGACCAGUUAUACUACACACUGCAGUGUUAAUGAAGCCGCAUUAAAGCAGUUUAUGCCGCGUACUUUGACAGCAAUAAAAAGAAACAUAAAAACAUAUGCUACAUCUGAGCUGUUGAGGUAAAACAUAUCAGUCAAAGUUAAAGGCAGCAGGUCUGGCACCAUGCUAGAAGGCUACAGCGCGAUGACGCAGGCCCUGCUGGGGACUCUGUUCACCUGGGGCCUGACUGCUGCCGGAGCAGCCCUGGUGUUUGUCUUCUCCAGCCGACAGAAGCGCAUCUUGGAUGGAAGUUUAGGCUUCGCAGCUGGGGUAAUGUUGGCUGCUUCCUAUUGGUCAUUGCUGGCCCCGGCGAUCGAAAUGGCAGAGGAUUCUGGGAAAUACGGCUCAUUUGCUUUCUUGCCCGUGGCUGUGGGAUUCACACUUGGAGCGGCCUUUGUUUACUUCGCUGACCUGGCCAUGCCCCUACUGGGUGUAGGUGCUGACCCCCACAUUGCCUUGGCUCUGCCCCCCGAUUCCAAGCACGCCAAAGAGAAAGCAGAGGAGCCCUCGUUCCAACUCUUGGACACUGAUGAGAUGACCAUCAGGAUAGGUAGAGCUGGACCUCUCUCAGAUAAAAUAGAGAAUGGAGAUGUGUACCAGAGGAGGAGAGGACCUCAUUCAGGCAGCGCAGAUGGGCAGGAAACAGGAAGAACACAACAGGAAGGCGUUGGGCAUACAGGAAGCAGCUGGCGACGAAUAAUUCUCCUCAUCCUUGCCAUCACCAUCCACAACAUCCCAGAGGGUUUGGCUGUGGGGGUUGGAUUCGGAGCCAUUGGAAAGACUUCAUCUGCUACUUUUGAAAGAGCCAGAAAUUUGGCCAUCGGUAUUGGCAUCCAGAAUUUCCCAGAAGGCUUGGCAGUGAGCCUGCCACUCCGGGGUUCAGGGGUCUCGACAUGGAAAGCCUUCUGGUAUGGCCAGCUAAGCGGCAUGGUAGAGCCCAUCGCUGGGUUGCUGGGCGCCUUUGCGGUUGUCUUGGCAGAACCUCUGUUGCCAUAUGCAUUGGCGUUCGCUGCCGGGGCUAUGGUUUACGUGGUGGUUGAUGACAUCAUACCAGAGGCUCAAGUCAGUGGAAACGGGAAGCUGGCAUCCUGGACCUCCAUCUUGGGCUUCGUAGUGAUGAUGUCACUAGACGUAGGGCUGGGCUAAGGUCACCGUGACAACUGGCAGCAUUUCAACAGAAGCCUCAAUGACCAUGAUGUCAUCACAGUGCUGCUGACCUCAGUUUUUUUUUAAAGGGACCAAAUUAAGUGUUUUAUUCUGAAACACUGUCUAUUUAGUUUGAAUUGUCUCUACUUGAAAUUCAGCAUUGAUAACAGAAUCACAGAACUAUUUUGUGAAACAUGUUGUGAGGAUGGCUCUACUUGAAUAGUUAUCUUGCAUUUAUUUUCAUGCUAGCAGUCAAUUCCUAAGAGCAGCUGUCAUUUUUUUCAUGUCAUUUAGGAAUGAAUUUAUAAAUAUUUAAUGAAUAUUCUCCUGAUUCCAGAGCUUGUGUGAAUGUUUUGCUGAGGGGAUAUGGCUUUUUGAUAUUUCAAAACUAUUAUUUCAAAACAAAAGUUUAACAAUGAAUGAAUGAAUGUUAUUUUCUAUUAGUUUACUUCUUCCAGUUUUUUGUAUUUCCUCAUAAUGGCAAUACUUGAAGUCUGGUGUUUGGUGAUUUAUUGAACAAUGAGAUCAGAUUUAGCUUGACUCCUGCUGUAUCGUCGUCACUGCGAAGAAAAAACAGCAAGGUACAAUGUGAUUAUGGUGUACUGAAACAUGAAAUUCCAAAAGACUUUUUGUUUGUGUCUACGCAAUUGUGACUUUUACGAAGUUCACUUUUUGGACGCAAUUUGUGGACUAUCCAGACAUUAUUACCACAUAAUUUACUUUAUCCUCUUCCAUAACAAACUCAUAUAAAUGACACACUCUCCUUUUAAACCAAGUGUAGUGCCUUUUUCAUGGCACAAACAGUCUCCUGUCAUCUGAAGAAUCAUGUGUUGUGGUCCAUGUCUAAUUAUUUAAAGGCUGAUGAAGUUACCACUGAAUAGUGUGAAGUAUUUAUAUAAUUAAACAACAGAGUAAUUCUCAGUAUGUUUUUUUUAUCCAUCUGCCUUUUCUAGAGAGACACAAUUCUGACAUUCAUUUCAUGCCAGAGUUAACAGAUCCUACGAAACCUAAAAAUAAGCUCCUGUGGUUUUCUUUGUCUCUGGUUGCUGCGUGUAGCUUUGAGCUGGUAUGCAUGAAACUUCUAAGGAAUGGUCUUAAACUUAAUAAUGAGUCAAAAGAACUCUUGGUAAGAGUAAAAGUAGGCCUUAGAAGUUUGUAUAAAUAAGCAAAGUCUUAAUGUGAUCGUACGUGCUGAAUGCAGUGACUUCUAAAAAAAAAUUUUUUUAAAUAUUAGUCUACCCAUAAUACCCUCCAUCAAGCACUGAAUCAACCAAUAUCCAAACCUCAACGCUUCAUGCACACCAAGUCAUGCUGACACUUGCAUGCAUCAGUUUAUUGAAACAUGCAAGAGUAAAGCUUAUGUAGCUAAUGCUGACAAUAUCAAUAUGUAUUUUGGAUAAUACUCAUAAAAUCUUAACAAACUUCUGUGUAGAUUCUAUAAAAUGUUUGUACGUGAAUCAAAUA